AUGCCAGCAGACUCAGAGCAGAAGGCGGACUGUGUGUGCCCCUAUGGGAUGAAGUUCAACUGGGACAUCAACGACCCACAGAUGCCGCAGGAGCCCACCCGCUUUGACCACUUCUGUGAGUGGCCAGAUGGCUACGUGCGCUUCAUCUACCGUGGUGACGAGAAGAAAGCACAGCGCCACCUGAGCGGAUGGGCCAUGCGCAACACCAACAACCACAAUGGCCAUAUCCUCAAGAAGUCGUGCUUGGGCGUGGUGCUGUGCGCGAAGGCCUGCACCCUGCCUGACGGCUCCCGCCUGCAGCUGCGGCCAGCCAUAUGCGACAAGGCCAGGCUGAAGCAGCAGAAGAAAGCAUGCCCCAACUGUAGUUCCUCUUUGGAGCUGAUUCCCUGCCGAGGGCACAGCGGAUACCCCGUAACCAACUUCUGGCGGCUGGCUGGCAAUGCCAUUUUUUUUCAGGCCAAGGGAGUUCAUGACCACCCAAGGCCAGAGAGUAAAUCAGAGACGGAAGCUAGAAGAAGUGCCAUCAAGAGACAAAUGGCCUCUUUUUACCAACCCCAGAAAAAGAGAGUUAGAGAGCCCGAGGCAGAAGAGAAUCAAGAUAGCAAUGGACAUUUCAGCAACAUACCUCCUUUGGAAAAUCCAGAACAGCUUGAUAUAAUGACUGACACUGGUUUCCCCACUGCAGGACAGCCUUGCCUAUCCUUCCCAAACUCUGAUGCUUACAAAGCUUCCUAUGACCUAGCCACCUUCCAAAGAGACAUAGUGCCACCCUUUCAGAAAUAUCCAAACCCAAGAAUCUAUUUGCCUAGGCCACCUUGUAGUUAUGAACUGGUAGGCCCUGGUCAUACACAUUCUAGCCCACACCCCACCCUUUAUAAAGAUUCCACCAGUAGCCCUAAUGACACAGACUGGGUUCACCUGAAUGAACUACAAUAUAAUGUCAAUUCCUACAGCAGCUAUGGGAGGAGCUUCGAUUUCACCGGCAAACAACAGGGGUGGAAACCAGCUCUUGGAAAAGCUGGCUUCGGUGAGAGGACUGACUAUGGACAGUUCCAGGCCAUGACCCCUCACCCUUACUGUAACCCAGAGCAUCCCUGCAGGUACCUCACAGCUCCAUCGCCAGGUGCUCCAGCCCUACAGACCGUGAUCACCACCACCACCAAAGUUUCCUACCAGGCCUACCAACCCCCUGCUCUGAGAUACAGUGAUAACGCCUGUGAGGUUAAGAGCCUUUCGAGCUGUAAAUAUGCUUCUGAAAACACCCCCAUGUCUAUCUCUCCAGAAGCCUUGGACCUUCCAGCUACAGUCACCAGGGAAGCCUCUCCAACAGGGUUAUUUCCUGUGAAAAUUCCAGAAGACAGCCGGGCCAUCAGAUCCACAUUGGCUUUUUCUCAAGAGUCAGCUUCCUCCAGGGCAAACCAAGCAGAAACUUGGGAUGUGUAUCCAUCGGAGCUGGGCUCUGAAAUCAGUUAUUCGGAUAGAGCUGGUCAAUUCUUGAACUAUGACAAUGAGAGCUUUUGA